GAAUUGGAUACAGAACUCAUUUGAUAGCAAUGUUUCUAAUGGAAGAGAUCAAGCUUAUUUUCAAAGAGGAUUCACUUGCAGAGAUCCACAAUACACCUCUCUGGACAUUAAUUGUGGAGGUAAUCCAUGGGGUACUUACGAGGGAGAUACCAAUCCAUUAGGCCCUCCUCAUACUUUUCAAGCUCAAAUGGGAAACGGGCAGUCAGUAAUACAGGACUUUUUAUGGAUGCUGAAGGCCAUAUAUGGAAAGUGACAGGCAACAGCUCUGAAUUUGCCAAAGGAAUAAACACAGAAUUGUAUGGAACAGCACGUUGUUCUUCUAGCUCCUUGAGAUACUAUGCAUUGUGUCUUCGAAAUGGGCAAUAUAAUGUACAACUCCACUUCGCUGAGAUAGUAAUAUCCAACGGAAUGAUCUUUCCAAGUCUCGGAAGACGCGUUUUUGAUGUUUAUAUUCAGGGAAGAAGAAGAUUGAAAGAUUUUAACAUCAAGGAUGCUGCCGGAGGUUCAUCAUAUAAGGCAGUAAUCAGAAAUUUCGCUGUAAAUGUGACCGAGAACUAUUUGGAGAUCCACUUUUUUGGGGCUGGAAAGGGAACAUUUGACAUACCUCAUAGAGGGACAUAUGGACCAUUGGUAUCAGCUAUCAGAAUCAGUGCAAACUCCAAAACCAACAACAUUAGCAUUAGCAAUGGCAGAAAUAAAAGCAACAAAAUUAUGAUCAUCGGCAUAGUUUCUGGGGCUGUAAUUGCUUUAGGCUUCACAGUGUGUUUAUCAUUCUUCUUUAUUAUAAGAAGAAAUAGAACGAAGAGCCGAUCCUCCAAAGCCAAUGAUGAUAGAGACUUCAUAAAUACGGACACAAUUUCAAACACAUUCAGUCUAGAGAUGAUUAAAAAUGCCACAAGUGACUUCAACCCUAAGAAUAAGAUAGGAGAAGGCGGGUUUGGUACAGUUUUUAAGGGAAUACUGCCGGAUAGAAAAAUGAUUGCAGUCAAGCAGAUGUUUCACAACUCAAGACAAGGCGUUCGGGAGUUUCUUAAUGAACUGGGUACAAUAUCUGCAAUGCACCAUCCCAAUCUUGUGGAAUUGUAUGGUUGUUGCAUAGAAGGAAAACAGCUGUUCUUGGUCUAUGAGUACAUGGAGAACAACAGUUUAGCUCGUGGUUUGUUUGGUCCUCAAGAAUUCAGACUCACUCUUGACUGGCCUCAACGGUACAAUAUUUGCCUUGGAGUUGCACGUGGCCUGGCAUAUUUGAAUGACGGAUCCAGACUGAAAAUUAUACAUCGAGAUAUCAAGACAACAAACAUCCUUCUAGAUCGACAUUUGAAUCCAAAAAUUUCAGACUUUGGAUUGGCCAAGUUAUUUGACGGCCAAGAUAAAACUCACGUUAACACCAGAGUGGCAGGAACAAUAGGAUACAUGGCUCCGGAAUAUGCUUUGAAAGGUCAUCUCACGGAGAAGGCAGACGUGUACAGUUUUGGAGUGGUAGUCCUUGAAGUUGUGAGUGGCAGAACUCACACAGAGAAGACAAUGCAGGCAGAGAUGAUUUAUCUGCUGGAAUGGACUUGGAAUUUGUAUGAGAAGAAAAUGUUGCUCGAUUUGGUUGAUGUGAAUCUGAAAAACUCAAGCUACUCCGAGGAAGAAGUUUUAAGGGCAAUUAAUGUGGGACUGUUAUGCACCCACGGAUCUCCUAUGGAAAGACCUUCAAUGUCCACAGUUGUUGAAAUGCUGGAAGGGAAAAUAGAAGCUCAUGUUUCACAUUCUAGACCGUCACAUCUGGGGAACUGGCAGCCCAAUAUAUAUAGACAAGAGAAACCAUCGUCACGCAGAGAGAGCUUAAGCCUUGGAGAACCAUCCAACGAUAGUUCCUCUGCGUAAGAAAGCUCUGGUAAUAAAAACCAAAUUAAGGGAAGAUAACAGAAAUAAGUAUCGUAUAUUACAUAGUAUCUUCUGAUAUAUAGACAAUCUUAGUCCCUGCUACCCUUGCUAAAAAAGAUGGAUGAUAAUGUUAUGUUGAUGAUUGGAUCACUUAUAAAACAUACACACUAUAUCUAUUGAGCAUUUCUUAAGAAAAACAUACAUAUAUAUUAGCACAUGUUAAAGAAAUUUGUGUAAUGACAGACUACGAGAAAGUAGAGAUUUUGAUUGUAAAUGAAUUAACUCCUUUGAAGA